AUGGAUGAAACAAAGUGCAAAAGUUCCGAUAAAACGAAUCAAUGUAAACAAAAAGAAAACAAGUAUACUAAGUCAACAAAACGAGAGGAAAAGAUAAAUUCAAAAGAUAACGAAAAAUCAAAAGAUAGUGAGAAACCUAAAGGUAAAUCUAAAGACGAUGAUAAAUCUAAAGACAUAGAGAAAUCUGUUGAUGAUGAAGUAGAAAGAUUAUUUAAAGCUAUGAAUGGUUUAGGUACUGAUGAACAAACUGUUAUUGAUGUUAUUGUAACCAAGAAAAACCAACAAAGACAAGAAAUAAGACAAAAAUAUAAAGAAAGAUACAAUAAGGAUGUGAUGUCAGAUCUGAAAUCCGAGUUAAGUGGAGAUUUACAAGAAGUAAUAUUAGGAUUAAUGAUGACUCCAUCAGAAUAUGAUGUAGAUUGUUUACAUGAAGCUAUGAGUGGUAUGGGAACAGAUGAAUCUAUGUUAAUUGGUAUCUUAGCAACACGAACACCAGAGGAAAUCAAGACUAUAAAAGACCAGUACAAGAUAGAAUAUAAGAAAGAUUUAGAGAAAAAUAUAAAAAGUGAAACUUCUGGUGAUUUUAAAGAGUUAUUAUUAGAAUUGGUAAAAGGUCAACGACCUCAGGGUGACAAGAUUGAAGAAAAAAUAUCGGAAGAUGAGGCAAAAAAAUUGAAUAAGAAUGGUAAAGGAAAGCUCGAUAAGAAACAUUUUAAAUCAAUUUUCACCAAAUAUAAUAAUAAACAGGUUCCAGCAAUAUUUGAAGUGUAUAAAAAGAUAUCAGAUAAAGAUGUACUUGAAUUGAUUGAAGAAAAUAUGAAAGGUGAUGUGAAAAAUGGUUAUAUCUGUUUAGUAAAGUCGUAUGAAGAUCCAGUAGAUUAUUAUGUAGAAAGAUUACAUGGUGCUUUUGAUGGAAUUGGUACCAAUGAUUCCAGAUUAAUAAGAAUAUCAGUUUCUAGAUCUGAGAUUGAUCUAGCUGGUAUUAAACAGAAAUACAAAGAAAAUUAUGGUAAAAGUUUAAAUGAAGAAAUAAAAUCAGAAUGUAGUGGAGAUUAUAAAACAGCUUUAUUGUUAUUAGUUGGUGAAGAGUAA